GUAAAAGGUCAGCGCUUUCCGUGGCUCGCUUCCUGACAGAGAGCUUGAGAGAGCCUGUUCUCUGCGUCUGGAUCUCGUUCCCUGAGUGUGGAGGGCGUCCUGAGAGCCCACUGGCGUCCCGCACCUCCCAGGAGCUACAGCCCCUUCCAUCGUGUCCAGGAGUACGUCAGAAUUUAAAAGAAGGAUAUUGAAGAAAUAUUUCCUGCCGUACCUGCUGAGGGAUGCCAGCGUUUCACAGAAAACCAGCUACAGUCGCAGUGCUGUAACUACAUUCCGGAGUUGGGGGGUGCGGCUAACCCAGCUCUUCUGCAUCGCCUAGGGUGAAACUUUAUGGACAUGGCCCCAGAUGCCUGGAAUUUUUUCUCCCCUCCAGAAAAUUUGGGCAAAGAUAACUCUAGCUGAAUUCUGUUGUGAGUGGUCAAGCUCCACAGGCUGGUUGUAAGCUCAAGAUGUGCACAAAAUGACUGGGAAAAGGGAGAAAUUUACCUGUUUAACAUGGCAGAAUGUGGGAAACAUGACAGCAAAACCACUGUUUUCAUGUAAUAUUGCAACAGCAUUUCUGUCUUUAAUUAUUGCAAAGAAAUGUGAAGCCUAUGACGUGAUGUUGGGGCAAAUUCUUGUGCCUGAUGGACAGCCUCUUGCUAUUAACUGUUCACCGGAAAAGAACUUGAAAAGUGGAAACUACAACUUAACAUGGUAUAAAGUUGGUAACCAGACAGCUGUGCCUAGAGACAAACUGUCUAGAGUGCAUCAGCAGAAGAAUUUAAUUUGGUUUCUUCCUGCAAUGUUAGAAGACUCUGGAGAUUAUGAAUGUGUCAUAAGAAACUUGACAAGCUUCAAGAAAAUGUGUACAAAAGUAACAAUUUUUGAGAAGGUUGAUGGUUUAUGCUUAAAUGAAAAAUUUGCUGUAGAGGAGGUGGUAUUCACAUCAUCAGCUGCAAAGGUUGUGUGUCCACACUUGGAUUAUUUCAGGAAUGAGAAGGAUAUUCAGCCUGUUCGUUGGUAUAAGGACUGCCAGCUGCUGGAAGGGAAAAGGUUUGCUUUCUCAAACAGUGAUCUUAUAAUUUUCAAUGUGACUGUACAAGAUCAAGGAAACUAUACAUGUGAAACAACAUGUAACUACAAUGGAAAACAAUUUAACAUUUCACGGGAUGUCAGUCUGAUUGUAGAAGUGAGCCAACCAAAAAAGCCUCCAGAAAUAUCUUACCCAAGAAACAACUCUAUUGAAGUGGAACUUGGCUCGCAGGUUACAGUGGAUUGCAAUACAACAGGUGCUGAUGGGUAUGAAGUGUUUUGGACAGGCAACGGUGUGUAUAUUGAUGUAUUUUAUAUGAGCAGAAUUUUUGCAAGUCCCUAUGAGGAAGAAACUUCUGAGGAUGGACGCCCUAUGCAUUCUGUGAAGCUAAUAAUUUCAGAAGUGAAUAGUGAAGAUUAUGAACAACCAUUUGUCUGCCAAGCUUCAAAUGCCUUUGGGGAGGUUGCAUCUUAUAUUAUAUUAAAGCACAGAGUUCCUGAUAUACGAAGAUGGCUGACUGGAGUGCUUGUCUCUUUGUUAAUUUUAACAUUUAUUAUUUUAAUAAUCUACAAGACUUUCAAGAUUGAUUUGGUGCUUUGGUACCGUAAUUCUGCCUGUGCUCUUACAAGUAAGGAAGAUGGGAAAAUCUAUGAUGCAUAUGUCCUGUAUGCAAAAAGCAGUGAAGGCAGAAGUUUCUAUUGUCUGGAAACCUUUGUUCGUAGAAUACUCCCAGAUGUUUUAGAAAAACAAUGUGGAUAUAAUCUCUUCAUAUUUGGAAGGGAUGAUUUACCUGGAGAAGCUGUAGUCAGUGUUGCUGAUGAAACCCUUAAGCAAAGUAGAAGACUGAUGAUUAUUUUGGGAUCAGAAACAUCUAGUUGCUGCCUGCUAGAAGACACCUCUGAACAACAGCUAGCUAUGUAUAAUGCUCUCAUCCGCGAUGGGAUUCAAGUGAUUCUUAUAGAAAUGGAUGAAAUACAGGACUACACAAGCAUGCCAGAAUCAAUCAGAUACAUUAAGCAAAAACAUGGAGCUAUCAAAUGGAAAGGUGACUUCUCAGAAAAAUCAUGUUCAGCAAAUACAAGAUUCUGGAAAAAAGUGCGCUAUAAAAUGCCAAUCAGGAAAAAAGUAUCUUAUUCUGAAGUGUAUUUAUUGCCCUUAACUUCGAACAAUUCUGCAGCAAAGGGAAGUUAAGAAGCACCUGUUAAAAUAACACUGAAGAAAUUCACUGAGAAUCCAUCAAAGGACUGUGCUUGGGCUGGGUUUCCUGGGGAGAGUGGAAAAUGGCCGGUUCUGAAACAUGAUCAGAUGGUAACGGCAAGAAAUGGUAUCUUGUCUACUUGUGAAAGAAAAAGUUAGAGGUAUGUGCUUAUAUCAAACUGCUUGGAAGCAGAUUGGUUUUUCUGGACUCCAAUCCAUUGUUCUGUGCGCAUCACCAUGAGAAAAUGGCACGCUGCUUCCUUUUCAAGGUUGUCUGAAGCAGCAGAAGUUUUCACGGUCCAGCCUUGAAGAGCAGCAUCUGAAUGCAAAGAUGAAUUCUGCUUGUUUUUUAUUUUGUUUUGUUUGUUGUUCUUUUCUGAGGUUAAGCAGGUUCUUACAUCAUGUUUAUUGCUAGGAUAGCAUCUGUCACUUGAUUCUCAGAAGUAUGUAUACUAUAGAAUAUAUUCUUCAUUGGGCUGUAUUCAUGGGAGAGAGAAAGAAAGAUCAGGGAGUAAAAACAGAUAUUCAGAGUGAAAGAUUUGCAAUAGCAUUUCAUGGUACCUUUUUCUUUAAGAAUGUCUAGCAAAUGCUACUUAGGAGCAGUUUCUCAUUCUCUUGAUGUGGGGUUUACAACUGCAUAAUUUUCCACAGCCUUGACUGACUUGAGACUUGUUCUGAGUUGUCACCAUGAGAACUGAGAACAGGAUAGAUUCAUAAGAUGAGGUACUAUUGUUAUUCAUGUUGAAUCACUUUUCUAUUUAAAAAAUAAAUUUAGGAACUUGGGUAGUUUAGGUAAUCAUUAUUGUCAAAUUUUUACAUUGUGUUUAGACCUAGACUUGCUCAGGAAAGUUUUGAAAAUUGCAUUUUCCUUCAAAGAUUUUUUUCAUUUAUGUUUAAAACCAGAACCCUCUUAUUUUGCAUGUAGAAGGGGAAAAGUAAUAAAGAAAAGAUGUUGAAACUAUGCUGGAUAUUUUCAACCUUCUAAUCUCAUGUGCUUUGAAAUAAGAUUUGCAGUACUACAGAAAAGUACAUUGAUUUGCAUGGAGUUGUGCUGUUAUUUUUAUUUCUUCUGUGAAUGUGCUGUUAUGAUUUCUGCUCACUUUUUUCAUAAUUCUUUUCAGAGGUUUGCUACAAUAUUCAAGAUAAGCCUUUUCCCAUUUUCCCACUAAACAAGACUCCUAAAGACUCUUAAUUGAAGACAGAUAAGAGUCAGAAUUUAUUUACCUGAUACUUUCAAACAACCACAUUUAGUAUAAUUAUGUAGAUAUAUUAGUGUUCUUGUGUGAAAGUGAGUGUGGGAUAAAGGUUUUGGUCAUCAUGGUAAAUUGUUAGCUAACUACUUGAAUGCAGCAUGACACGAAAUGAUUUAUCCUUUUAUCAUGGGACUUAAUUUUAAAGCUGAAUUUUGUCUCUGUUUUCUCUCCUUGGAAACUGUUUUUUGCAAGUCACAGAGGAAAACACACUAAUUUUUUG